AUGUCAGCGGUAGGCGUAGCAGCAAGUAUUAGUUCUUCACAAGCGACGGCAUCAGGUGAACGUCAGUCAGCUGCAGCGGCAUCGGCUUCUGCUUCGGUACCAUCUUCGUCUCGGUGGAUUUUCACCUAUGAACAACUGAUGAGGGUUCCCAGCAUUCGCGAAGGCAUGUCACCGGAAGAAGAAUUAAAAAGAAGGCGUGUAUCAGCAAGUACAAUCCACCAGAUGGCUGACAGGCUGAAUCACGAAUCUCGAGUACGAAUAUCUCAACUAUGUAUUUGCGCUGCAAUGAUGCACAUGCAUCGAUUCUUCGUCUUUCAUUCCUUCUUCAAGUUUGAUCCACGGGACAUUGCUGCUGCGUGCUUGUUUUUGGCAGGUAAAUCAGAAGAAUGUCCGCGCAAGUUGGAUCAUGUCGUACGUGUAUGGUGGGCCAUCAAGUUUCCUCAUUCACCAAAUUUGGACAGUAAUCGUCUUCAUGAGGCAUCGCAACUGAUUGUCACAUUGGAAAAUCUCGUCCUACAAACAAUUGCAUUCGACUUGUCAGUGGACAUACCGCAUCCUUACGUCCUGACGCACAUGCAAAAAUUUGCACGAGAUGCUUCAGGAAACAGAAGGAUAUCGGAAAUAGCUUAUUGGUUUGCGAGUGACAUGCUUCAUAUGACAAAUUGGGGAGUACGAUAUACGGCAAAAGCGAUUGCGUGUGUUUGCAUCCAAAUGGCAUGUCUCUGGGCAGAAUUUGAAGUAACUGCUGUAUGCACAAAGCAAUCAGCGAAAACACUGCCUUGCCGUUACAUUUUAAAUUUAGUGUUUUAA